UGAGUGCACAAUGUGCGGGACUUCUUCAGCAGCGGAGCCGCGUCGUGAUGACUGUCCGCGGGCAGAGCAGCAGCCCGGUGACGCCUGACGUGUCCUCCAUCCAGAAGCGGAUUUCUCCCCGCAGCGCGCCGUGAAGCUGGGCUUACAGACACUCACACACUGCCACACACUCGCAGCGCUUGUUUGUGUUGGCUCCGACACAUUUCUCCCAGGCGGCUCAGUCCUUCCAUCUGGGGAUUGAAACUUGAGGGACUUUACCGUGGCAGUCAGAGAACAAAAGGCGCACGGAAGGACGGAGGGAGCGCGGUGAAUGUAGCGGCCGGCUGGGUGUCUGUCUGCGGGGCGCAAAGCGGUGCUGCUGGAACAAGUCCCGUCCCACGUCCCGUUUUACCCCUGGUGACACGCACACGGCAAACAUGAUUCUCCUCGGGACUGUGCUUCUUCUUUUCUUCUCAGAUGCCUUGUCAUCCUCAUCACCAAUUUUCUCCUACCCCCUCACCCUUACUAACUGUGUUGAAGCUCAUCGGGUGUGCUCUGCUGAUCUGCGGUGCGAGGCAUUGUACCGGGGCUUGGAGCUGUGUGCGGCUGAUGCAGCCAUUUCCCCACUAGGGGAGCAGGCCGCAGCUGAGUGCCUGGAGAGACGUGAUGUUCUGCUGGCCAAACACCCCGCUCUGUUGUCCUGCAAGUGCCACCGUGGUUUUCGUAAGGAGGAGCAGUGUCUGCGCAUAUACUGGAGGGUUCGCCUUCUGCCAGGGGAGGAUGAGCUGGAACUCUCUCCCUACGAUGACACACUAAAAGACACUCGCAUGGCCUCCUUAGUGGCAGCCUCAUCUUUCAUGCAACUGGAUGGUGAGAACCAGUGCUUGAAGGCGGCACAGGACUGUGGUUUGUACGAGAAGUGUGGCUCCCUGCGAUCAGAGUAUGUCCUGGCCUGCACCAAGCGGGUACCUGGGUCCAACCGGUGCAACCAGCACAAGUGCCACCGGGCCCUCCGGCGAUUCCUGGAGAGGGUGCCUGAGGAGUACAGCCUCGGUGUCCUUUUCUGCCCCUGCACGAACACCCUGUGUGGUGAGAGGAGAAGAAAAACCAUUGUACCCUCCUGCUCCUACCAGGAGAUGGAGGGACUGCAACUUAACUGCCUCCAUCAGCAGAGUUUCUGUCGAAGGGAUGACCUCUGCAGGUCCAGACUUGCUGAUUUCCUUAAUAACUGCCAGCCAUCUCCUCUGACGGCCAGCGGCUGUCUGAAAGACUCAGCAGGCCUCUGCCUCCGAGCAUAUGCUGGACUCAUCGGUACCAUCAUGACACCCAACUACAUCAGUAACAGCUCCGCUGACGUGUCACUGGGGUGCAACUGUGAAGGCAGUGGUAACCAGUGGCAGGACUGUCUGCGACUGCAGCGUAUGUUCACCGAAAACACCUGCCUGCGUAAUUCUAUCAGUUGGAUGGGGAGCCCUGGCUCCAUGCCCGCAGACGUCACCCCCCCUCCUGCUCCCAGGCCCUCCCCAUUUGAUCAGGAGGACGAGCUGAUGAGCAACAACCACCUGCCUGAACACAACAACAUUGUGGUGGAGAGCGAGGAAGAAGAGGAUCUGACACAGAUGGAGGAGGAAGGUGAUGAAGGCGACCAGUUCGACGUCAUUCCGCUGUACUCAGAGAGGGCCACUGUCUCCAACCUGGGCUCCUCUGGGACUGGGGUGGCUGCAUCCCUCAACACCGGCCCUGCUAAACCCAUACUACUGCUCCUUCUGCUCCUUUCUGCCUCGUUCAGCUGGGGGUAGAGCGAGGGAUAGCACAAAUAUACAAACACACACACACACACACACACACACACACACACACACACACACACACACACACUCACAUGUAACAGACCCUCCAACAGUCCUGGACUAAUUGAAGUAAAAUUAUAAGAAGAAAUGGACUUCACCUUUUGUCAGUAGCAUCCCCUCACUUCUUCACUCCUGCCCUCAUUCCGUCCUUCCUUCCUUUGCCAAUAGCACUUUGGUCGACAUGGUCUGACUGCAGCUGCUGUGGUGUAUUCAUGUCCUGAGAGCACAGGAGACCUUGCCGUUGCAGGGCCUUCACAAGCGGCAAUCAACCAAUGAGCAUCAUGCUGCUGUUCCACACGUAGGUCCAGAAAUAUUGAUUCAACUCAAAAGGCCUGCUCAGUUAUUGGCAAGUUAACACUGGCAAUGUUAGCUAAGGUGUGUCAUUGUGAGGAUUCCUGACGCAGGCUACAUUCUUGCUCUGUCAACAAAUGUCCCAAAAGCUGAUGAUUUGAAUGUCUUGUAAUUUAUAGAUGUGCUUUGCCAAGAUAUUUGGGGAAAGUGGAAGUUAGGUAAAUACUGUAUAUGUCACAUCAGACUUUACAGUUUCUAGACAUUACAAUAGACUAGCAGAAGUAGCCUAAAGUGUGAUUAUUACUCCUUUUUCAUAAUAUAUUAUCCAUGAUGCAGAUUCAAAUGGUAAUAGCUGAAUACCCAGAAAAAAAAAGAAACAAUAGAGCCAGUAUGUUUGUUUUAAUGGGGAAUCUACAAAAGGGAACAUCUUAAACUAUACACUUAAAUAUAUUGAAUCUAUAAUUUGCCUGUCCACUACUACACACUACUAUGAUGCUGCAGACUUUUAUUGAAAAUUCUGUUUUUAUCUUGUAUCUAUUAAAUUGCUACUUUUUAUGUUACAGGUGUUUUGUAAAUAGGUUGACUUGAGAUGCAGCUAUCAUUACCUAUCGAAUGUUAACAAUGUUAUUACAAGGCAUUUCACACACUCAUUAUUGUUCUCGAAAAAAAUGUCUGAUUUUUUCUGUCAUUAAAAUCCCUGGGCAACUGGUCCAAAAAUGACAAAAAAUUAUUAACACAAAAAUGACAAAAAAUUAUUAAAAAGCUUGUUAGCCUCUCUCCCCACAUUACUUGAAAAUCUGUUCAGUAAUUUUUUCGUAAUUUGCAGAGGUACUAAUUUCACAUCCCAACACUCUUCCAACUUUGCUAUUUAACCUUGUCAGUCAGUCAGCUACACCCACAUCCAUUCUUUAUAGUCCAGCAGAGUGUGAAGCAUAAUGAGUGAAGAGUCACUAAAGAAAUGAUGUGACUUGUGCAGACCGGGUGUUUUUGUGCUUGGAUGUGAAUCUAUAACUAAUGUAGAAAUGCCCCAAAGCUGCAGUCAGACCUUGUUUUUUCUUUCUUUUUUUCAAGGAAAUGAUUUAUAUAUUUAUUUUGACCUAUUGAUGGAUGAUGAUUUGUACCCCUGGGUUUGACUUACCUGUAUAUGGGUCAACGUAACAACAAUAGAACAGGGAACGGAGGCUGAUUUACAAUGCAUCAGUCAAACUUUAUCAUGGUGAUGAAUGGAGUGAUGUUCUCUCCCUGCCGCUGUCCCUGCUCUACAGCCAUGGUGAUGGACAAAUGACAUACUUGUCUCUUAUUGUUUAAUGAACAUCAAGUGGCAAGUGUGUGAUGUGAGUUUAUGCACACUGGUACUUGGAUCAGCCAGAAAGAUUGCAAAGAAAAUUGGUUAAAGCUUUUUGUUCUAAUUUAAGUCUUGCAUGUCAUCAUUCUCACAUACUUCUACACAGCCACACAUGACAUAUAGAUGGCCACACACACACACAUUUGCAAAUAUACUGCCUGCCAUAUAUUCAGCCGAUGCAGCUCUUUCUUGCUUCAUUGCUCUGUCCCUCGCCUUCUCUACCUCCCUGGUGAGUCAGGACCAGGGCCCAAGCUGCCACAAGCACCAAUAUGAAUAAAGCCUUCAUAAUAAAAACAACACACUAGAAACUAUAUGAGCUCUAAAAUGGCAGAA